GUUAAACAAUUCAUAUCAACAUUAUAUAGUAAAAUAUCGUUGUUACAUUUGAAGGGUAUUUUCGUCAAUAGUAAUAUUUUUUUGGGACACGUGUAAAAGACACGCCGUCUGUUAUAAUAACGAAAACCCCUUGGCCAAGUUACCUUCUUUAAAAACCCUCUCUCUCUCUAAAACCCUUUCUCUCUCCCAAUUUCUAAGCAAACUAUGGUGGUGACCUCCGAUAUCAACCGUGAGCCAUGUCCGGAUCGCAUACUCGACGACUGCGGCUCCGGCUUCGCCAUUGGCGCCGUCGGCGGCUCCGCCUUCCACUUCAUCAAGGGCAUGCACAGCUCCCCCAGGGGCGAGCGCCUCUUCGGCGGCGCUCAGGCCGUGCGCAUGAGCGCACCCCGAGUCGGCGGCGGCUUCGCCGUGUGGGGCGGACUCUUCUCCACCUUCGACUGCUCCAUGGUUUACAUGAGGCAGAAGGAGGAUCCGUACAACUCCAUCAUCGCCGCCGCGGCCACCGGCGGACUCCUCUCGAUGCGCCACGGCCUCCGCGCUUCGGGGAAGUCGGCGCUCAUCGGCGGCGUGUUUUUGGCUCUAAUUGAGGGCGCAAAUAUUAUGUUAAUUAAAGCCCUGGCUCCUCCGCAGGAGGGGCAGAUUUUGGUCGAGGAUCUUCCCGGUGUUCGGGUCCCGCAAGAAGCGGCGGCGGCGCCGCCUUCAUCCUCUUGGUUUGGGGGUUUAUUCGGCGGAGGAAAGGAAGAGGAAAAGAAGAGUGGCGGCGGAGUGAAGACGGAGAUUCUGGAGAGCUUUGAUUCGCCGAUUCCCCCAACUUUCGAGUUCAAGUGAGUUUUUUUUUUUUUUUUUUUUUUCCGGGUUUUC